UUCGCUCCGGCCGUGGGUGGCGGUGCGGCGCGAUGGACUGGCAGGUGCUGACCCGGGAGCUGUCUCUGUACCUGGAGAACCAGGUCCGCGUGGGGCUCUUCGGCUCCGGCGUGGGCUUAUCCCUGGUGCUGGGCUUUGGCGUCGCCUACGCCUGCUACUACCUCAGCAGCAUCGCCAAGAAACCCCAGCUGGUGGCAAGCAAUGAACGUUUCUGCCGCUUUCUGGAAGAGUACUGUCCUGUUGUGACAGAAACUUACUAUCCCACGAUUUGGUGCUGGGAAGGUCGGGUGCAGACACUCCUGCGUCCCUUUAUCACCUCUAGACCCCAAGUACAGUACAGAAAUGAGCUCAUUAGAACAGCAGAUGGAGGACAGAUUUCGUUGGAUUGGUUUGAUAAUAAUGACAGCUUAUAUUAUCCGGAUGCCAGCACAAGACCUACAGUCCUGUUAUUGCCUGGUCUGACGGGAACAAGCAAGGAAUCCUACAUUCUUCAUAUGAUCCAUCAAAGUGAAACACUGGGAUAUAGAUGUGUGGUUUUUAACAAUCGAGGAAUUGCUGGCGAGGAACUUCUGACUCCAAGGACUUACUGUGCAGCUAACACGGAGGAUUUGGAGGCAGUUAUUCAUCACAUACACAACUUGCAGCCCUCAGCUCCCUUCAUGGCAGCAGGUGUUUCUAUGGGAGGGUCACCUAUUAAUACUCUGUCUCUCCACUGGCUGCAUGGAGACCAUGGAACAUUGUCAAAAGCCCUGCUAAAGUCAAACAUGCUUCUUUUAAAUUACCUGGGCAAAACUGGCAGAGACACUCCUUUAAUGGCAGCUGCAAUUUUCUCUGCGGGUUGGAAUGUUUUUGAAUCUGUAGAAUCUCUGGAGAAGCCGCUAAACUGGCUUCUUUUCAACUAUUACUUGACUACUUGUCUACAAUCCUCUAUCAGCAGGCAUCGGCAAAUGCUGGAGAAAUUAUUCGAUAUGGAUCUCGUGAUGAAGGCUAGAACUGUUAGAGAAUUCGAUACACAGUUCACUUCAGUCAUGUUUGGCUACCGUACAAUUGAUGAUUACUAUGAAGAUGCCAGCCCAUGUCUCAAGCUGAAGUCUGUAGGCAUUCCAGUAUUAUGCCUAAACUCUGUGGAUGAUGUUUUCUCACCAGGUCAUGCUAUACCGGUGGAAACUGCCAAACAAAAUGCAAAUGUAGCUUUGGUUCUGACUUCUUGUGGAGGCCACAUUGGUUUUCUGGAAGGAAUAUGGCCAAGGAAGUGCACUUACAUGGACAGAGUCUUCAAGCAGUUUGUGCAAGCUGUGUUUGAGCAUGGAAACAAAAUCUUUAGCAUGUAGCUUUGGCUAUAGCACAAUGGCACAUUCCAACAAGGGCAGUUAAGCUUAAUGCACAAAUUUUAACUACCAUAAGCCAGCAAAUGGAGAAAGUCCAUUACUACACGCAAAAAUAUUUUUUGCCUAAGAUUUUGUAGCAAGAAACUAAAUAAUAUGUUGUCACUUUUGUAUUUAUUUUUAAUAUGCCUUACUAAGAAUGAUCUUAAAUGAAACAGCAUUCUGCAUACAUCAAGUUGCAUUUAACCAAAAUCAUCAAGUAAAUAGAUUGUAAUUCCUCAAGAUUUUAAUUUAAACCAGUACGUAUUUAGGAGAGUUAAUUUAGAUGGCUUUUAAUAUUAAAAUGGCAACAUUCAAAAUAACAUUUAUUGUCCUGCCAAACAUAGUACAAGUUGGCCCAUUCCUUAGCUGAAGAUCUUAAGAAAACAUAAGGAAGGAACUCAAAGAAGCACUGGUUCUUCAAACAAGUCCAAAUUGUGGCAUGCUAUUCCGUAGCAUUAGACUGAUCAGCUUUUGCUGUUUUACCCUGACAAUAUCCAGAUUUAGGGCUAGUUACUGUGUUUUAAACUAUGCCAAUGCCAUAUUCAUUUUACGUGUGUAUUUUUUUAUGCGGCUUAUGUAUAGCGUUUACAUAUAACCAAAAGAUUCCUUUAAAAGAGUACUGUAAUAACUUAUGUAAUUAAAAGACAUUUUGCAUUUCAAUGUUUGUGUAUAGCUGGGCAUUGUCAUAUCUGUACUAGAUACUCCAUAUAACUGGUAACUGUCUGUUAUGUUUGUAUUACCUUGCAAGAACGUUACAGUUUUAAAUAAGAAACCAUAGAGCACUAGGAAAUUAUGAUAUAGUCUGUUUUAAAUUAAAAAAUGUAUCAUUCUGAAUCCAUUAUCUCUGCUAUCCUUUCCAAUAAUUUCCAAUAAGAGUGUAACAAAGUGUUUCAAGAAAGAUGGGAGCUGGAUAUGGUGGUGUCAUUGGUUUGCUUAUUUGAUCAUGUGUCUGCACUUCAGCAAUAGGUUGUCAGUCAUUGAAGCCUCCACAAACUGAUUGCUGCCCUGGUGGCUUAUGAGGUGGCUGCCUGAGACAGUGCUGUUUGCAGCCCUGAAAGAGAAAGAGCUACAGUGGAUCCUCGAGGAAAACGGACAACUUUGAAAACUGCUGGGAAGGUCUAAUUUAGGGCAGAGUGAAACGAGAUCUUGUAAGUGGCUUCUGUGGAGGUUCUCUCCCAUGCUAAUGAUUGUUUGGGGCCCAGCAUCACAAAAUCAGGCAGUGGAGAUGCCUUUGCAUUUUCAUUAUGUUUUGAACAGGGUCAGUGCAAGAAGAAAACAUGGAUACAAAGCAAGUCAGGUCAUCUGUCUUAAGUAGUAUGUGAACAGUCCUCUUGCAAGGCAAGUAUCCUAGUAAAGGCAAAGGCAAGGAAAGAACAGAAUUAACUUUUGCCUUCAGAUAAAGCAGAAAUCAAGAUACACUGCAUGAAAGCUAAUUUUAUAAGGUGGGAGGUUAUGUUAAAAAUUAGGAAGCGUUUUCAAGUUUUGACUUUUUAGGUAAGGCAUUGGGCUUUGUACAGAUAAUAAAGUCUAACUUACUUCUUACCUAAUAAGGACAGUGGGAAAAGCAAAAUGAAAUUUUAUGCAUGUUGCUACAACAGAUGAAAUCAGCACAUUAGUAGGGUGCCUUACUCAUUCUUAAAUUCAUUCCCAUUAUAGAAGUUAUGUUCCUACAAAAACAAUGAGCAAUAAACUGUGUAUUGAGCAUUACAUUUGUAAAAUCAUUUGGGUACGGUACUGUUGAAAAGUCAGCAGCAAAAUAAAAAUAAAAAACCACUUAUAUUAAAAA